ACGCAGGGCGCCGCCAUGUCUUUUGAGGGCGGCGCCGGCGCCGGGCCGGCCAUGCUGGCUACGGGCACGGCGCGGAUGGCGUCCGGGCGCCCCGAGGAGCUGUGGGAGGCCGUGGUGGGGGCAGCCGAGCGCUUCCGGGCGCGGACGGGCACGGACCCGCCCCGGCCCAGCCUCGCCAGGGAGGACGAGGACGAGGACGAGGACGAGCCCACGGAGACAGAGACCUCUGGGGAGCGGCUGGGGGUCAGCGAUAAUGGAGGGCUCUUUGUGAUGGAUGAGGACGCCACACUCCAGGACCUGCCCCCCUUCUGUGAGUCGGACCCCGAGAGCACAGAUGACGGCAGCCUGAGCGAGGAGGCUCCCGCAGGCCCCGCGGCCUUCUCGGUGCCCCCGGCCGCAGCCCUGCCCACACAGCAGUAUGCCAAGUCCCUGCCCGUGUCCGUGCCUGUCUGGGCCUUCAAGGAGAAGCGGACAGAAGCGCGGUCCUCAGAUGAGGAGAAUGGGCCGCCCUCCUCUCCGGACCUGGACCGCAUCGCGGCGAGCAUGCGCGCGCUUGUGCUGCGGGAGGCCGAGGACACCCAGGUCUUCGGGGACCUGCCCAGGCCGCGGCUCAACACCAGCGACUUCCAGAAGCUGAAGCGGAAAUACUGAGACCCGGGAGGGAGCCUCGGGCCGGCCGGCGCCCGCCGCCCCACACUACACCCCCGCCCCGCCCCCGGCGCCCGCCAAUGCGGGUGCGGGCCGGACCGGCCUCCCGCCGCGGGCCCGGGACUGCCGCCCCCGCCAGUCCUGGCUCCUCAGCCCGCGACCCUCCCUCUCGUGCCAAGGAGCGGGCCCGACACGUUGUCGCCGGGUCUGUCGCCCUUUUUUUCUGCCCCGCGACAGAUUUUGUAUAUUAAGCGAUUGGCUCGCUCCCUGGUCGGGGGGUGGCCAGUUCUAACCCUUGACUGGGCCCGCCCCGUCUUAUUCUGCCUAGCGACAGGGCAUUGCUUGCGUGGUAUUGGCUUGAAAUGCCUUGGAAGAACACUGCCGAGGCCCAGGAUUGGGUAGUGGCGCGCCACUAUGGCAGAAGCUGGGUAGCCUCUUCAUAUGAUUGGCUUGAACCCAAAGGGCUUAACCAAUCUCUGAGAGUCACCACCGCCCUUCUUGAGCUUUUCCGCCUGAUUGGCUGCGGCUGCUGGAGGCGGGACAAGCCCUCUUCCUGCUCCCGGGAUUGGCCAGUGGCCUUAAAUCGACGUUCUUUACACUACUGGGUUGGGGUCAGCUUUUUGCCCUGGUCCUGACACCUUGUCCCUGGCCCCCGCCUCAGGGAUGGCCCAGCCCGUCCUCCGCGCCUCACGUCCUCUCAUUGGGUCCCUCCUCCAGCCUGCCAAUCGAAGCCCGUCCUUGCGUCGAGGAUGGUACCAGCUCCCGCCCCUCGCCCCCUCACUCCCACAGGUGCCUUAAAGGGCUCUCGUCCACUCAAGGUGGGGGGCAGUGCCCUCACUCUCCGGCCCUGGGAUGGGGAGGGGGCGGGGCCGGGAGUCGGGAGGGGCGCUCUGAGAUUAAAGAGUUUACCUCUG